AUGAACUAACAAAGAGACGGAUCAGGAACAGAGGAUACAUUCUUGCUUGGAGAUGGUUCCAAAAACUCACAUAUAUUAACUAACGAGAAAAUUCAGCAGAACUCCAGAAUUACAGAUGGUAUGAAAUAACUCUUAACUGUUGAAGAUGAGAUGUCAAAGCCAAUUUUCUCUCCAUCAAGCCCAGGAAGACGUAAAUUUGCUGACAUUAUGAUGUCCCCUGUGAGAUUUACGUAAAGAAAAUUCAGAGCUGGAGGCACUUCAGGAUCAAUAUUUUCGCUUGUAGCUGCAACUCUAGGUGCGGGAACAUUGACAUUCCCCUACGCUAUAAUGUAAAAUGGAAUAGCUUGGGGUUCUAUAUUAGUUGUGCUCGGUGCCAUGAUUUCCUAUUACACUGGGAUGCUGCUUGUUAUUGUCAGCAAUCAUACUAAUAGACACAGAUACGAGGAUCAUGCCGAGAUCUUAUUUGGAAGAAAAAUGGCAAUAUUCACUUCAAUUAUGAAUCUGUUUUGUCUAAUGGGCUUUAUCAUGUCGUAUAUUGUCUACUUUGGAAUUCUGUUCCCAAUUUCAUUGCCAAGAUCAAUUAACUAAUUGAGAUUUUCUUCUGUUUUCGGAGUACUGUGUUCAGUUUAUCUUUGUAUCGCAGUCAUUAUCCUUUUCUGGACCAAUAAAGCAUUAGUACCUGACCCUAUAGAAAAUUGGAGAGAAGCAAGAUACUUCAGAGUCAACAUUCCACAAAUUUAUUAUGAGCUAGAAAGAAGAAAUAGAAAGUAAAUGAGCAAUGUAUUACUAAAGGGCUCAGGUGCUGCAGUUAUCUUAUAUGCAUUGAUUGGAAUAUUUGGCUAUCUUACUUUUGUAAACACCCCUGGACAGCCAACUACAAAUAUUCUUGAAGCUCCAUACUAAAAGAAUGGAAACUUUACACUGUUCUUUGCUGUUUUAACAGCAUCUCCACUAUGUGUAUUGCCUACAAAAGAUACAGUUGAGGAGUUAUUCUUUAAAAAGACUGGGCUAAAUAAGAAAACAAACAUUCUUGUGACCUUAGGUAUUGUUGUAGUUUGCUAUUUCCCAGCUAUAUUUAUUGGAAAUAUUGGUGAUGCAAUUACUAUCUUUGGAUGUACAACUAACCCAAUGGUAAAAUAAGAUCAACCAAGGUUUUGUAAAGAAAAGAUUUUAGCCUAUAUAGUAGGAUUAUUAAUUAUAGUUGUCUCAAUUUUAGGACUAUACGACUUUAUUAGGCAAAAGGUUUAGGGCUGA